UUUGUUGUUAUUAAAUAUCUUUUUGUUCAAAUAUUAUUAUUAUUGUCAUUAUUUAUUGUUCCCUGACAUAAAUAUUCCUAAGUAAACAUUAAAACAUUACCUAAUCAAUGAUUAAAGUGGAUUAAACAUAGUGUUUAAUAGGUUAUAAAUUAAAUUGACAGCUGUCAUCUGUCAAUUUCUUCUUUUUUAGGUCAAAUUAAUACGAUUUAGGGAUUUCUAGGGGAAAUUGAAGCUCCCGUCUAGGGAUAUUCUGAAAUUUCAUCUGGCAACCCUGUUUCAGUGUAAGUCAACGUCUAUUGAACACUUUACAGUUUCGAUUCUACAAUACUCAAAGUUGAAGAUAUCAUUGGAUUUUUUAUUGGAAAAUGGCUUUGAUGUUAGCUUCUAGAGUGUGUAGGGCAUCUACCCUAUCGAAGACGACUGUUUUUGUUAAACAGCCCAAUACGAUCACCGUUUACCGAGCUUUUAGCGAAGGCAAAGAUGCAGCUGCAAGAACAGCUAGAAGGCAAGUUGGAAUUAAAGAGAAACUCAUGCAACCUGCAGGAGAUACAGCUUUCAGAAUGGGUAGAGGCGCCCUAGCAGGAGCAUCUGCACUUGGAAUUGGAGCUUUGGCCUUUUAUGGUCUUGGAUUAAGCAGCGAAGCUAGUGCACUUGAGAAACAACAUUUGUGGCCCCAGUAUGUGAAAGACAGAAUAAAAACAACCUACAUGUACUUCGGAAGCUCGAUUGCUAUCACCGCUGCAAGUGCUCUAGCAGCAGUCCGUUCUCCUGCUAUAAUGCGCCUAGUUAUGGCAAAUGGAUUCAUGGGCUUCGCCAUCAGCUUAGCUGCUAUCAUGGGGACUGGUAUUCUUUGCCAAAGUAUUCCAUAUUCAGAAGGCUUUGGAAGCAAACAACUGGCUUGGAUGCUCCACGCUGGAACCAUGGGUGCUAUGAUAGCUCCUCUGUGUUUCCUAGGAGGACCUCUUUUGAUCAGAGCUGCAUGGUAUACAGCUGGAGUGGUCGGUGGACUCAGUACAAUUGCAGUUUGUGCUCCAAGUGAAAAAUUCCUCUACAUGGGCGGUCCUUUAGCUAUGGGUUUAGGUGUGGUGUUUGUGUCAUCAAUUGGUUCUGUAUUUCUCCCUCCAACUACAGCACUGGGUGCUGGCUUGUACUCAAUCAGUUUGUAUGGUGGUUUGAUACUGUUUUCUGGCUUCUUGCUGUAUGACACUCAGAGGAUAAUUGCACAAGCUGAGAGAUAUCCUGCCAAUCCCGAUGCACUUGGAAUCAGGCCUUAUGAUCCUAUCAAUGCCUCUAUUGGAAUAUAUUUGGAUACUCUGAACAUCUUCAUCAGGAUAGCGACUAUCUUAGCUGGAGGUGGCCAAAAAAGAAAGUAGACAACUAAUUUUUGUUAUUUCAUCAAUGAUUCGACUGUACUUUUUUACUAUUUAACAAAUAAAUCAUUCUGGAGCUGUGACUAUGUCCACUGUUGUACAUACUUGUAGAUUUAAGCGUAUUUAUAGGGUACUUCUAGAAUAAAACUAUAUAUUUAAUAUUACUUUUAUUUAAGCUUUUGUAUUCACAAUUAUCGAAUUUGUUUUUGUUUAUAAUUACAAUAGAUAACAUUUGUUCAA